AUGUUGCGGCCAGCGACUCCGCUUUCUAUCCUGUUCUUCAUCGCCUUUGUCUUGCUGUUGCUAAGCACCCUUUCGACGCCCAUUAUCCAGGCCAUUCCUUUGGCCCAGUUCGAUGGUGUCGACUUUGGAGUCUUUGGCUAUUGCCAGAAUGGAAAAUGCAGUGGCAUGAGAGUUGGAUACGACACAGGUACGCUGCAUCUAUCAAGCUGCGCCGAUCACCCUUCUCUGACUCCGUCCUCUNNAGAUAAACUAUUUUCAGCCGCCGACAACAAUGAGUUCUCUUUGCCAUCCAGCACUCGAGCCUCGCUCUCGUCCAUUCUCAUCGUCCACCCUGUCGCAGCCCUCUUGACGCUCAUUUGCUUCGCUCUGGCCGUGGCCGCUCAUUUCCACUCGCCUGCCCACUCUCCUCGCUAUCUUCUGGCUCUGCUCAUCCUGACAUUUCCUACCCUGCUGGUUGCUCUCUUGGCUUUCCUGGUCGAUAUCCUUCUGUUCGUUCCGCACAUGCAGUGGGGAGGAUGGAUUGUUCUGGCGGCCACCAUUCUCAUCAUCGCUUCUGGUGUUGUUACUUGCGCCAUGAGAAGGACUCUGGUAUCAAGAAAGGCUCGCAAGAAGCGUAUCGCUGAGAAUGCCGAGAUGAACGGCGCAAACUACUACAACAACAUGCAGAACGAGCGUCUGAUGGCCGAUGAGCUGCCCAGAGCAGACAGCCCUCCGCCAAUGAACGGCACUUUCGACAACUCCAAGGAACCUCAAUUUGCGUCGUUCGAAACCAAGAGCAAUGAGAGGAGAAGCGACGACCGUGCUCCGCUCAACCCUAGAGCGCCAUCUCUCAGAAGCAACGGUACAGCUCCUAGCACACGCCCAGUGGACGACGAACUCCCGCCCAUGCCUGUUCAGCCCGCAGAUCCUUACAAUAUGCAGCAAAACGCCAACCCUCCGGUCAUGUUGAUGCGCCAGACUUCUGAUGGCGCCCAUGAGCCUCAAAACCCAGACCGCAUGGGGCCUCCUCCUCCUGGCUAUGGACGUGGCAGAGGCGGCUAUCCUCCUCGUGGAGGCUACGGUCCUCCCAGAGGUGGUUUCGCACCUCGUGGCUCUUUUGGCCCAGGCCCGAGAGGUGGUUACGGUUCCGGCAGAGGUGGUCCUCAAGGUGUGNNAGAGGGCCACCUCCUCCUGGUUGGAACGGUCCACAAGGCAGGGAAUGGGCCCCGGUCCUGGUCCUGGCCCGAUGAUGAUGGGUCGUGGCCAGCGUGGUCCUCCCCAGGAUACAGCAACGAUCCCCUUCCUCCUCCCGGUGUUGGUCCAUUCCCUCGCAGAAACGGCUCUCCUGAGGACCCUGUUAAUGGCGAGAUCAUCGGCCAAGCUAUCGAAAUGGACGAAAGAACUGGAAGCCCGGCUAUUCAAUCACCCACUCGUUACGAACACGAAAUGCCUGGAAUGGCUGGCGCAGGUCAGCCCUUACCCCGUCCUCGCAGAGACAUCACACCCGUCAAUCAAAGACAGCCAAGCGGAGGUGAACCAGUUACUCCGUCAAGCAUCUACUCAGAAUCGUAA